GCGACAGUACACACUGGAUGCGGAAACGCUUGUCGCGCGGUAAAAUGUGUCGCGGUAACCAAAGAACAUGUUAGGAGCCUCGCUGGCAGUGAAUAAAGUGAAUUUUGGAGCACAGCCAGAGGAUGCGUCUAUAGUCAUAGAGUAUGAAAAUGUGACCGUAUGUAACUGCGCAUGUUUGCAAUUCGCAUCGCAGUAUUCGCAGUACCACCGACGAGGUACUAUUAAAGACCGACAUCCUUACGGGAGUUCGCGUCCUUGUGAAUAUUUGUGUUCUUCAGGUUUUUCAAAAAUGGAUUUGCGUAAUGAUAUUAAGAAGGCAACAGCACUUACUUUCUCAGACAACGAUGCCAAGUUCUAUCUAUUGCAAGAACCAAGUCAGGCUGCAAAAGAUAAAAAAAUGAAUGAAAGAUCAGUGAGGAAACCACGAAACAUACGUUUAUUAGAAGACUCUGAUUCAUCAGAAAAUGAUAACAUGGAUGUAAAUAUAUGUAGUAGAGUAAAACCUACUUUCGACAAACAUGAAGUCUCUGUUGCCGUUAAAGAGGUAAAUGGUGGACGUGACCUUUCAAAUAAACAUUGGGAAGAGAGUUUCUUCAGAAAUCUUAAAGAGAUUCAAUGUGAGAAAGACAUAUCUCAAAAUUCUUCCAAAUAUGAUAAUAUAAAAGUAAAUCAACCUAAGGCUAAUAAUUUAAACGAUAAAUGUAUUAAACAGAAAGAUAAAUUAUAUAGAAAUGCUGCAAUCAUGGGUCUUUUGAAAACCAAUAAGAUUUCACUACAGGAUUUAAUUAUGAAUGAAAAUCCAAUAAGGAAAAAAGACGAACUAGAAACGAUGCAUGAAAUCGCAUUCAAUGGACGUAUGGACAAUAAUAAAUGCCAUGUGGAAUCAGUUCCUCUUCGUGAAGAUCCUGAAAUCUGUGUUCACCCUUUACAAAUGGGAAUAGAUGAAAAACAAUUUAAAAAUAUAGAUUUUUCUGUAUCACGAAUUGGUAAGAAGAUAAAAGUGACACCACAAGAGCAUUUUCUUGGAGCGACUGAUGACGCUUCCUUUAAUUUUGUAAAGAAGAAAGACAACAGUACAUAAUCUAUUAUUAUUCAAAUACACAA